AUGGAACGCCUAAGAAACGCAACAAACUCAAUUUUUAAUUAUGGACAAACUGUUGCUCGAGAACAUACAACCGCCUUAGUCGCUAGUGGUACCGGACUUGCUCCCGCUACAGCACCGAUCACCGGCCCUGCAAUAUUAGGUGCUGUUGGUUUCAGCGCUGCAGGGCCUGUUGCGGCUUCUUUUGCUGCAGCAUGGCAGUCUUCAAUCGGGGUAGUUCAAGCUGGGAGUCUGUUUGCCACCCUACAGGGAGCUGCAAUGGGAGGCGCUGCUGCGGGGACAUUUACAACUGCUUCGAACAUUGGAAUUGGGAUGGUGGGAUCCGUGGCAGUUGGAAAACAAUGGACUGAUAUAAAGAAAAGACUAUGGAUGAAACAUGAUAGCGAACAUUUUGAGGAAGCUGGAUAUUAUGACCAGCUGAAGAUAACAAAGACGUGGCAAACAACCCACAAAUGCCUGACGUUGAUGAUUUGCUAG